AUGGCCUACAAACGGCCCAAAAAUGACGUCAAAUUGCCUCGGCACACCUCCCUAGUGAAAGUCGCCGCCUCACUAGCCACCCGCAGCUGCCAUUUACUCGUUUCUGGUGGUGUCAUAUUCAUCAUGACAUCCCAUCUCGAUGCCCUCCUUCCCUGCCUUGAAAUUUCACACCAAGCCUGCCGCCUCGGCUGA